AUGCCCAUGACUUACGCCGGCAUGGGCGCGGGGCUCUUGGCCGCUUCGACGUUGUUUCUUCCCGGCAUUUGCUUUGCGGCAAACGACAGGAUUCCCGAUUCAGUAACGACUUGUGUGAUGCUCUCAUCGCCGCAGGCUUGGCAGAUCGUCUGCUUCUCGCAACCGAAGCAGGCUACGAGGCGCGGAUCUCGACAUAAUGCUCGUCUACGGCCGUGGUGUCUUGUCCAGCCACGGGAUACCACCGAAGUAUCCAAGACUCUGACUACACUGUUGGAGGCUGGAUCAGGUGCCGGAGACUGGCACAUUGCGGUCUGUGGAGGAGGCCACAACCACUGGGCAGGCACUAACAACAUUGCUAACGGUGUGACAAUCGACUUGGUCUACCUUAACCAGACCUCUUACGACCCGGAGACUAAUCUUGCCUCUGUUGGCCCCGGAGACCACUGGAAGGAUGUGUAUGCCAAGCUUCUCAAGAGCAAUGUCACUGUGACCGGUGGCCGCGAUGGAGGCGUGGGUGUCGGUGGCUUUCUUCUGGGAGGCGGCAACUCUUAUUACACCGGCCGCAUGGGUUUUGGAGCAGACUCUGUGCGAAACUACGAGGUCGUGCUUGCCGAUGGCAGCGUCCUCAAUGCCAACAAGGAAACCAACCCUGACCUCUUCAAAGCUCUCAAGGGUGGCAGUAGCAACUUUGGAAUCGUAACAAGAUUCGAUCUCGAGGCACUACCGGCAAAAGAUCUCUACACGGGUAUCCACAUGAUGACCAAGGAUAACUCCGAUGCCGUCGUCAGUGCUGUCGUCGACUUCACCAACCACGAGCAGAGUUUGGCUGACGUCGCACUGGUUGUUGUCUACACCCACAAUACUGCUUUGGGCGACGAUAUACUCAUUGCUGCUUCUCGCAUCAACACCCAGGGUAAUUCGAACACCACAUCGUUCGCGAAGAUAAACCAGAUUCCCGCCGUCAGCAGCACCAUGACUCAUCGGAGCAUGGCUGAUUUGGCAUUGAACUCCCAGACUCCUGCCGGCUCUAGAUCUGUGUGGUUUACAUUAACGUUCAAGAACGAAGAAGCAAUCCUGAAGAAGGCUGUCGAGGCUCACCAGGACUUCGUCGACGCUAUGAAGGUUGUUGUCGGGGCAGAUCAGUUCACUACCCAGAUGGUCUUCCAACCACUGCCUGCCUACUUCGCAGCCAUUGGUACCGAGAAUGGUGGUAAUGUCCUCGGUCUUGAUGGGGAGAAGGAGAAUGCAAUUCUCUGGCUUGGUCUCGUUACCAUCAAUACCGAAGCUCAGGAAGCUGUUGCUCGAGCACGUAUGGCCUCAGCGUCUGCCCAAAUCGCAGACUAUGCUAUUUCUGUCGAUGGAAACGUCAAUUGGCGUUACCUGAACUACGCUGACCCAAGCCAAGAUCCGAUCAAGACGUAUGGCUCUGCUAAUGUGGACUUCAUCCGCGAGGUCGCAGCCAAGUAUGAUCCUGAAGGGAAGUUCCAGACGCGAAUCCCAGGAGGCUUCAAGAUUUCACGCGUGGGUUGA